UGCAGUUGUUAAAAAGUAUUUUUUAUAUUAUUAAUAAUUUUAAUUCAUCAUGAACUUUGCCUCGCUGUGGUUCCACCUGCUUCUGGUGUCCAUGUUGCUGCUCCUAAUUUCGCCGGCUGCUGAGUCAACAUUUCUUUUCUUUUCCUGCAUUUUCCGUCUUCCACUCUGUCCAUUCCGCACAACAACAACGAUGAUGGCUUAAAUUAUUAACAAUUAUCAACAUCUGACGUCAUACACCGAUUCUAAUUUGAUGGCGAACAAUUUAACGAUUCUGGAUUAUUCUUUGUAUUUAAACUACAUUUUAAACUGAUUUAAUUUUUGCAAAAAAUUUACAAUAGAAUAGCAAUGGU